AUGCCUUUGCAGCAAGGUCGACGUUAUCAAUCACUUUCUGAGGAAACAGAUGUAGAUUUGCCGGGAAAGAGGCGACAAAAAUCUUUGGAUUUUCAACAAAAAAUUUCUCAGACUAGUAAAAAUAGCCAAAAUGGUCAAAUAAAACAUUAUCAUCAUCAAGCCCCACCACUACGUGCAUUGUCUGUUGAGACGGCUGGAAUAACAACAGAAUUUAGGGAAUCGUCUUUUAUUCCUUCAGAUUCUAAAAUAUCUCCUGUCCUUCCCGUAGACAACCAAACAUACAAAUAUUUGGAUAUGUGUGAUUGUUCCCUUCUGCCUAAUUGUGCUUUGGGUGAUUGUUCUCCUUUAAAUGAAUUUGACGACGAUUUUGAUGAAAACAAAUUUAGAGAAGAAAAAUAUCAACAAAUUUCUCAAAAACAAGUUAAAGAACCUCACAAAAGAAGCAAAACGAGGCCUGAAGAAAUUUCAAAAAAUCAUCAUCUUCGGCCUCCUCAACACUUUUAUGGCAGUAAUUUGUCUUCCCCAGGCCCGUCCUCGUCUACUCAAAGUCCUAUUUUAGGGCAUUCUCCCUCCUCUUUAUCAACAACUUCGGAAGCAUCUACAGAAUCUGCUCCAGCAUCUUUUCUUUUUCGUUUACCUUUAACUAUUUCAAAAGUAAAUAGAGGUAUUGCUGAUUGUGAAGUUCGCGCUGGGAGUAGUUGUGGAAGUAGAAAAUGUCAGAAAAGUAUUAAAGCAAUUCCUAUAAACUUUACGGAGAUGGGUGUAUUUAUUGCUCCGUCAUCAGAUACAGAUCCGGAUGAAGCUUUUGUUGUUGUGGAAAGGAGAAGACUUUUUGACGAUAGCGGUGCUGGUAGUGAACAACAAUCUUCAAUUACUGCUGCUAUUUCUCCUGCACCUACAAGACAAUCACCAGCAGCUAAAAAUACAAAUUCUGUUGAAAAUUUGUUGCAACACAGUGGAGGUGGUCAAAAUAAUUUUUCUGAAGAAAAAGAAUUGGCUACUACAACUCCAAUAGUUGUAGAUACUCAACGAGCAGCUGCUUCUUCUACAAUUAAAACAAGUCCGCUAUUGCGUUUUGCUGAUAAAACGGAGGAACAAAACAUUCCACGUCAAAAAAGAGGUGUAGAGGAACAAGCGGCAUUAGAAGGAAUUGGAGCAAGUGGAGGUAUGGUGGAUCCAAAAAUUCGACAUUUUUGGUCUGAAGCUGUUGAUUUGAGUGAAAUACGGAAUGUUGAAGAUCAAACAGAAUUUCGUUCUUUACGUGCUCAACUUGGAAUUGAUAAAAUCUCCGCGGAAACACUUUCUCAAUAUCAUGUAAGAGGACAUAUGGAUGCUUUUGAUCAACCAGCUAUUUGUUAUCCACGUUAUAGAGGUCCUUCAACUCGUAAUAGAAUUCCUAAUGGCUUAAAAGUAAUUCGAAGAGUUUCUGGUGGUAAAUUAACUAAAGAAAAUUAUCCCGAUGAAAGUUCAGAGUUUGUUUCUAUUGAAUUUUUAAAAGAAUAUUUUUUAAGGAAAGUUCGUUUUACUGGAAUGUUUGGACUUCAAAUGGUUACGCAAUUUGAUAAUAGAAUUGUUUUAUGCACAAAUGAACGUGAUGCUUUGGCAGUAUAUGACGCUUCAAAUGGAAUUCCAGCACUUUCAUUGCCAUUAGGAGAACGUUUUGAUUCUACAGUUAUUCCAUAUUUGGAAGAUUUUGAUUUGAUUUAUAUUUGGUUUCCUCACAUUCAUGAACGUUUUGCCAAAAGUUAUGCUUCUUAUUUGAACGCCGCUCGUUGUUACAUUAUUACGGCAUCUCUUCGCCCAGUUGAAUUAGUUCGUGAUAAUCGCGCGAAAGAAGUUUUACAUAAUAUUCAAGAUGCUGUUCGUGUUCGUUACAAGGGAUUUCGCUCUGUUCAAGAUUUGCGAGAUUCAGUUCGAAGUGAAAUUGUUCAGAGCAAAACAAAACUUUCUGGUUUAACAAUGUGGAAACGUUAUGCUUUAUUAAAUAAUUAUUUGCGUGGAUUUCGUCCAUCAGAAAUUACAAUUUUAAGUGGUGGAAGUUAUGGCAAAACAACAUUUAUGUGCGAAUAUGCUAUGGAUCUUUUUACUCAAGGAAUUCGAACACUUUUUUGUAAUUUUGAAAUGCCCGAAGAAAAGAUUCUCAAAUGGAUGAUUAUUCAAUUUGCUGGUCCUUCUCACGUGCGCAGCCUUGCCCGUUCCCGAACUUUUACUACUCGAACAAAAGUUCCUCUUCAACAACGUCAAGACCAUUCUGCAGUGGAAAUGUGGUUGGAUCGUUUUGAAAGAACUCAUAGCGAUUUGAUAAUAAUGAAAACUGAAGAAUUUCGAGAUAAAACAUUAAAAGAAAUUGCUGACGCAAUUAGAGAACAAACUUUGGCUUGUGGUACUCAACAUUUGCAAGCACUUGUUGAUAUGGCUACAGUGAAUAUUGACCCAAUGACCGCAGCAGAAAGAACACAUCAACAGGAUCGAUUUGUUGGAAUGUUACGGAGAAUGGCAAACGCGCAGGAAUUGCAUAUUACUUUGGUUGUACAUCCUGUCAGAGAACCAAAUGAGCAAGGCUAUUAUGAACUUCAACAUAUUGGAGGGCCUUCCGCAAAAAUAACCCAAGAGGCAGAAAAUGUAUUGGUUAUUCAAAGACGACGAGAAACUGAUGAUCGAAGGAAAUUUCGAAAGUUUCUUUAUAUUCUCAAAAAUCGUUUUGGUGGAAGAUGCUUAGAAGUGGAUCAGAUUGAAAUGCUUUUCCAACCAUCUACACUAAUCCACUCUUUAGUGGAAGUGUCGAGAUGA